AUGGCUCAGCCAGCCAGGAACCUCCGUUCCACCUUUGGCUUCCAGUGUUACCUCCUCUUCCUCCUAGUUUCUUGGGAGGCAGGUGCUUCAGGACUUCAGGAAACUGGCACCUCCUCAACAUCCGGUCGUUUGUCCCCAGUCCCUGCAGGUGUUGCUCAUGGUGCUUCCUCAGACCACAUUGCUCUGCACUCUGAUCAGCAACCUUCAGAUUUCCCUACGUCUGUGGGAACCCAGAAGCCCAAACAUCCUUGCACCACCACGCUCCGCCCCAAACUCACAGACAGCCCCAACGCCACACAGCCACACAGCUCCAUAGCUCCCCAUGGACAGAACAUCAGCAGCCAAGGAAAAGACCCAGUGGUCCGGAAUGGACGCUCAAUUGAGGAUGAGAGAGAGACCACAGUCGCCAAGAAGAUCACAAAACCUCCAUCGAUGUCUACAGAGGAUGAGAGGAAGACCAUAGUCACCAAGAAGACCACAAGACCUCCAUCAGUGUCUACAGAAGAUGAGAGAAAGACCAUAGUCACCAAGAAGACCUCAAGACCUCCAUCAGUGUCUACAGAGGAUGAGAGAGAGACCACAGUCACCAAGAAUACCACAAGACUUCCAUCAAUGUCUACAGAGGAUGAGAGAGAAACCACAUUCUCCAAGAAGACCACAAGACCUCCAUCAGUGUCUACAGAGGAUGAGAGAGAGACCACAGUCUCCAAGAAGACCACAAGACCUCCAUCAAUGACUACAGAGGAUAAAAGAAAGACGAUAGUCACCAAGAAUACCACAAGACCUCCAUCAGUGUCUACAGAGGAUGAGAGAGAAACCACAUUCUCCAAGAAGACCACAAGACCUCCAUCAGUGUCUACAGAGGAUAAGAGAGAGACCACAGUCUCCAAGAAGACCACAAGACCUCCAUCAAGGUCUACAGAGGAUGAGAGAAAGAUGAUAGUCACCAAGAAUACCACAAGACCUCCAUCAGUGUCUACAGAGGAUGAGAGACAAACCACAUUCUCCAAGAAGACCACAAGACCUCCAUCAGUGUCUACAGAGGAUGAGAGAGAGACCACAGUCUCCAAGAAGACCACAAGACCUCCAUCAAUGUCUACAGAAGAUGAGAGAAAGAUGAUAGUCACCAAGAAGACCACAAGACUUCCAUCAAUGUCUACAGAGGAUGAGAGAGAGACCACAGUCGCUGAGACCACAAGACCUCCAUCAAUGUCUACAGAAGAUGAGAGAGAGACCACAGUUGCUGAGAAGACCACAAGACCUCCAUCAAUGUCUACAGAGGCUGAGACAGAGACCCUAAUCACUGAGAAGACCACAAGAUCUCCAUCAAUGUCUACAGAGAAUGAAAGAGAGACCAUAGUCACCAAGAAGACCACAGAACCUCCAUCAAUGCCUACAGGAUAUGAGAGACAGACCAUACUUGCCGAGAAGACCACAAGACCUCCAUCAGUGCCUACAGAGAAUAAAACAGAGACCACAGUCACCGAGAAGACCACAAGACCUCCAUCAAUGCCUACAGGAUCUGAGAGACAGACCAAACCAGAUUAUGAGACGAUGACACAAGUUUCAUCAAAGUAUACAGAGCACCCAGAAGAAACCACAUCAACCACUGGGAAAACCCCAACAGCCUCAGAAAAUCUUACAAUUUUCUGGAGGAAGACCACACAAGGCACUGAGUCCACAAAAGUCAUAGAAAACUCAGAGCAAACAUCAGUAGUCCCAGAGACUGUACCACCUCUAGUAAAGGUCACAGAACACAAGUCCACUAUGACCUCUCCACAAUUAAGUGAAACUGAAGGUACACAUCACAGACCCAUGGGCUCAUUGACACUCGCCACAUCUAAAGCUGACAUGAAUUCCAUCACAGCCCUGGACAACAAGAGCCAUGCCCAGCAGAACACAGAUGGAUCACCGGAAGGCCUCCAUGCUACUGCCAUAGGAGAGAACAACUCGUUCCCUGCAUGGGCCAUAGUUAUUGUGGUUCUGGUAGCUGUGAUCCUCCUUCUGGUGUUCCUUGGCCUGAUCUUCUUGGUCUUCUGUGCCACUCGAACACGCCAUGCACUGACCCGGAGCACUGAGGACAACGACCCAGAGGAGAGCAUGGGGCAUAAUUCCUACCCUGUCUACCUGAUGGAACAGCAGAAUUUGGGCAUGGGCCAGAUCCCCUCCCCACGAUGA